CUUUAAAAAGGACUGGAGACAACAUCGGAAGUAAAGAGCAACAUUAGUUGACGAGCAGCAAAUAUAGCGGUAAGAGAAAAGAAGAUACAAAAAGCUGCAGUAAUGUCCAGCAGAAGCAUGCGGAGCUGAUGACCUACAGCAGCCGGAUAGCAGCCGCAUGUUGAAACCCAGUGUGCUGCGCUGCCCCGCCCCGUUAAGAGAAACCUCCUCCUGCUGGAAGCAUGAAAGCCUGAUAACUCCUCCCUCUUCUUCCUGCUGAUAAAUACAGCCAGCUCCACGCUGAGCACAAGCGGACUUGUUAUCUCCAACUCACGGAAGGAACAGGAACAAAUGGAAGUGAGUUAUUUUUGAGUCAGAGCACAGACUCAUAUUUCUGUUCAGAGAAACUCUCAAACAGUAACUGCCACGAGGUGAAAUGGCGCAGAAAAGAGUUAAGCUGGACCGGGAAACUUUCUCUUGUGUGAUUUGUUUGGAUCUACUGAAGGAUCCGGUGACUACUCCCUGUGGACACAGCUACUGCAUGGACUGUAUUCAACGCCACUGGGAUGAAGAGGAUGGGAAGCAGAUCUACAGCUGUCCUCAGUGCAGAAAGACUUUCACACCGAGGCCUGUCCUGCUGAAAAACACCAUGUUAUCAGAUUUAGUGGAGGAACUGAAGAAGACUGAACUCCAAGCUGCUCCUGCUGAUCACUGCUAUGCUGGAGCUGAAGAUGUGGCCUGUGAUGUCUGCACUGGGAGAAAACUGAAAGCCCUCAAGUCCUGUCUGGUGUGUCUGGUCUCUUACUGUGAUCAACACCUUCAGCCUCAUUAUGACUCCUCUGCGUUUGAGAAACACAAGCUGGUGGAGCCCUCCAAGAAUCUCCAGGAGAACAUCUGCUCUCAUCAUGAUGAGGUGAUGAAGAUGUUCUGCCGUACUGAUCAGCAGUGUAUCUGUUCUCUCUGCUUAAUGGAUGAACAUAAAGGCCACGACACAGUCUUAGCUGCAGCAGAAAGGACUGAGAGGCAGAAAGAGCUCGAGGGGAGUCAACAAAACAUCCAGCAGAGAAUCCAGGACAGAGAGAAAGAUAUGAAGCUGCUUCAACAGGAGGUGGAGGCUAUCAAUCGCUCUGCUGAUAAAGUAGUGAAGGACAGUGGGAAGAUCUUCACUGAGCUGAUCCGUCUCAUCAAGACAAGACGCUCUGAUGUGGAGCAGCAGGUCAGAUUCCAGCAGAAAACUGAAGUGAGUCGAGUCAAAGAGCUUCAGGAGAAGCUGGAGCAGGAGACCACUGAGCUGAAGAGGAAAGACGCUGAGAUGAAGAAGCUCUCAGACACAGAGGAUCACAACCAGUUUCUACACAACUACUCCUCACUGUCACCACUCAGUGAAUCUACAUCCAGCAUCGAUAUCCGUCCUCUGCGCUACUUUGAGGAUGUGACAGCGGCCGUGUCAGACUCCAGAGAUAAACUACAGGACGUCCUGAGAGACACAUGGACAAACAUCUCACUGGCUGUGACUGAAGUGGAUGUUUUACUGUCACAACGAGAGCCCAAGACCAGAGCUGACUUCUUAAAAUAUUGGCGUGACAUCAGACUGGAUCCAAACACAGCACACCCAAAGCUGGUUUUAUCCAAGGGGAACAGAAAAGCAACAGCUGUGGAAGAAGAACAGCCUUACCGUCGUCACAAGGACAGAUACACCACUACUUUACAGGUCAUGAGUAGAGGGAGUUACGCUGGACGUUGUUACUGGGAGGUGGAGUGCUUUGGGAGAUUUUAUGUCGCAGUCUCAUACAAGGGUGUCCGCAGAAAAAAGAAAGCAACUGCAUGUGCAUUUGGACUCAAUGACAAGUCUUGGGUGUUAGAUUGUUCCCAACACAAAUAUACAUUUGUGUACGACUCAGAGGACACACCCGUCUCAGGGCACGAGGUCACCAGACUAGGAGUGUACCUGGACCACAGCGCAGGUACUCUGUCCUUCUACAGCAUCACUAAAACCAUGACUCUCCUCCACAGAGUCCAGACCACAUUCACUCAGCCGCUCUACGCUGGACUUGGGUUUUUCUGGUACGGAUCCAGUGCUGAGUUUUGUGAACUAGAAUAGACAGAAAUCAUGGUUGAAUUCCAGAGUUUUGGACUGUGAAUGUUUGUUGCGGAGAGCUGUUUGUUUCUCGUCAGCCAUCGAUGCUCGUGCUGAUGUUUGUUGACUUGAACUAAAAAUGGAAAACCAUUCUGCUAAAAUACAACAAAUUGCUUGUUGAAUUUAAAACAAACGAAAGGAAAUAUUUUCCAACCAUAUUUUAUUGAACAAAUUUAACAUUGGAUUAAAUAUAAAAUGCACCACAAAAAAAGAAUGAGAGUAUCUUUUUGAACUGAUAUUUUCUUUCAACUUACACAAAGAAUCUGAGUGUCUUUCGCGAUAUGUCGCAACCUUUCGCGAUGUGUACAAAGCACCAGUUGAUAUUGCGAUAACGAUUUAAAAAAACAAUAUAUUGUGCCCUAGUCCAUAUCAGUAUAAAAAUAUAUAAAACACAACAACACAGACAAGACAAGAAAGUUAUAUGCAUUGCAGUCCAUAAGUCUCAUACACACAUUUGUUCCAAUGCUUCCAAAAGCAAGAAGUGUGCCUUGUGUCACUCGGUGUGGGCUCAGUUUAAAGCCAUUAUAAUUACUUUGUUACGCGACACAUAAAUGUGUACACAUUUGUGAGGUUGUAUGUUCCUUUAUCAUAGAUAUUUUGUUCUCACCACUUUAAAAUUUGUGAAGAAAUCGAUAAUCACAUUUACAUAGAUUUUUGUUUGGCAGACCUGUGAGUUAUUAUAAAACUAAUUAUCCUAAUCAAUAAGGCUAUAAUUUCAUAUUCUCUUCAACAUAGCUGAGAUUCUGUUUCAAUAUAGUUUUCAACCUGUUCUUGCCUUCCUUCCUCCUUCCUUCCUUCCUUCCUUCCUUCCUUCCUUCCUUCCUUCCUUCCUUCCUUCCUUUUUUUUUACGGUCUUCUAUUUUUCUGUAAGUUUGUCAAAGUUUAUUCGCUUAAAAAAAAAAAAUCCGCCUUUUUCCAAGUUUUGGUUACUUUUUUUGA